UGAGCAUUUGUGAGGCAGCUCCUGUCCCUUAUGUCUCUUUGUGGAAAACAGAACAGACUUCCCAGAGCAUCACUGAAGACAAGACAGGACUCUAGGGACAACACCCCAGUUUCAGACCUCUGUACAGCCUUGGCCUCAGCUACAGUGGAUGCCAGAGUCGGCACAGAGAAAGGAGACACUCAUCAACUUCAACAGGACUAAAAAAAAAAUCCAGGGGACCAGAAAAGAAGGUGGAACUCAACAGCUGAACAACCCAAGAGGUCAGUUUUGAGUUGUAUGUGAGAUGAUCAACGGAUCAGAAUCAACAACGCUGGAUGGAAUCUCAAAGAAAAAGGUGGCAUUUUAAUAUGAGCUUUCAGUUUCUCUUUAGAAAACUUUUGUUAAGGAGACUCAACAAAGAACUGUGUAUCAUAUGCAGCUAUUAGGAUAAAAGCUUCAUAUGAAAAACAAACAUAGGAGGGAAAGUGUAUAAUCUAGCUUCAUAUUUUUCUUUUUAUCAUUCUCCAAAACACUUUCCAAACAGUCACUGGUGGUAUGAAAAUGAGAUGCUCUUUAAAGAACAUCUUUAAAGGUCCCAGCAGUACUCUUAAUUCACCAGCCAGGCAUUUAUCUUAUUUCCCCAGCUUUCUCUGAGAGGGAACAUUAAAGACUUUGUUGAUAGUGCUCUUGGGAAGUGAGUAAUAUUUCUUAUAUGAAGUCUUGAAACUUUACAGCCGUUGACUGGAGGGAGCGAAAAGUGCCAAAUGCAUAAGAAAAUGAUGUUAUGUCGUAUUCCAUGAAGGACUAAAAUUACAGUAAAGCACUGAGAAUUUCAGAAAUGUUCACAGGGUGUGGAAUGGUCAGUGGCCAGAACCAGUGUCUGACCAGCAACAUUGUCAAGCCCCAAUCUGGACUGGACAUAAACAGACAAGUCUAUUUUGAAAAUGGGGUAAGCCAAGGAACGUACCCUAACUUUCAGGAUCAAACUUACGUCAAUGCUGUUAUGCAGCCAGCAGCGGUCAACAACGUCUCUAACCUGCUAAAACCCACACCCCUACCAGUUCCGCCUCCAGCGACUAAACUGGGACAAGAAGGAUUCAAAAAAGUUUGCCGCACUGAGGAAGACAGCCCUUGUCCCUUCCCAGGUCUUGCAUCUGGGGUGUUGGAGAUGCGUGUGAAGGAAGGAAGCAAAAUCCGCAACUUAAUGGGAUUUGCUAUGGCACGGAUGCACGGAGAGAAGGGUGGAAGUGGGGGAAGUGUAAGCAAUGCUGGGCUGAGACAGGUCGUCUUCACUGGGUCAGGCCGUGCAGUCACAAAGACUAUCACCUGUGCUGAGAUCAUGAAACGAAAAGUAGGCUCUUUGCACCAGCUGACAAAACUGCAGUACAAGGUGGUAAAAGAGGUGUGGGAGAGCGCCGAACGGGGGGCAUCUGAGAUGACAGUGCACAGGACUGUUCCUUCCAUCAGCAUUCUUCUUUCCAAAGACCCUCUGAAUCCCCAGGAACCAGGCUAUCAGCCCCCAGAGACAGUCAGCGCAUUAUGGGAGGACAGAGAGGGUGCUGAACCUGCAACACAAACAACAUGCAAGCGAACCCUUGGACCUUUACCAUACAGCAGUUUUCCUCACUGUAAGAGACUGUGUUUGGGGGAAGGAGUCUCUGUCCUUCCUCCUCACUGACUGGAUGAAGCACUGUCACAGAGAAGAGGAUUGAAUCAGCGAAGUUCAUUUGGCGCUGCACUCCUCUCCAGCACAAUGCUGAGACAAUCAGAACAUUCAGUCAGUCAGAACAGUGCUUUCUCAGAAGAACUGACUACUACUCCAAGCCUCCAGAGGUCAGUUUGACUGGGACUGAAAAGCUUCCCUCUGUAUAUACUACUGGACAUCUUUUAUGGUCAUUCACAUCUUUAAAACUGUGAUAAUGUCUACUACUGUUCUGCAGUCUUGAAAAGAUUUACAUCAUAUUUCUUAAUUACAAAAGGAACAUAAAUAAAUAAAUAAAGCCAUGAUUUGCACAGGUUCCACAAUACUGCUUGCAGUAAACUAUCCACAACUUGUGGACAAAAUAAUUCAUUAGCAUCAUCUUCUGAUUGUCUCUAUUCAUGAGUGCUUUUAAAUAUAGCUUUCCAAAAUACACAACAUAGAUUUAAGAGGUCUAAAUGAAAGCAUCUUAAAGCCAUGGAUGGUAUGAAAAGCAUACCAAAUUUGUUUGUCGAAAUAAUAAUCCUGACAAAAACUAAAUCAAAUAAACGUUUUUUCCAAAUCAAUUUUUCUUUUUAUUUCAUCUUUCUUACUCACUCAUCACUGAAUCUGCAGAGCUCUGAUGGAAUAAAAGAAAAAAAAAAUCACAGUGAGCUGAUUUCUUGAUAAGAAUUACAGCAGUGAAAUUUGUCUGUAGAAAAAGCUGAUUUAAUGACAAAGCUGUUGAUAAGGCACCAAACCAACCCAGUCUGACAGAAAUGCCACAGGGAGAAAUACAGGCACAGAUUAUCAUUAAGAUAACUAUAUAACAUCACACAACACAGUGGAGUAAAGGAUUAAAACUAGGCUUGACAGAGCUAUACACUGCACUACUCCUGCAAAAUAUGAAACCUAAGGCAACAAGGUUCACUCAUUCUUAUUUCAACCUACAGGCCUGCACAAGCAGCAUAUCUACUGUCAUCUUUUUCUUCCAAUAUAUCCUAUUUCUCAAACAAAAUACCCGGAAAAAAAAUUUGAUCAAAAUGGAGCAAAGAUUCAAAGUAACACUAUGCAACUUCUAGACAGACAUAAAUGAAAUGGCUGCAGACAAUCUUCAGUUGACAUUUUUUAUGCAUUGCCUUCCUGCAUUUUCACACAAUUUACAUACCAUUUUAGUUCCAAAAGAGGAAAAAGAGUUAUUGCAGAAGCUUAACUGGAUGCUGCAGACAUUGGAUCAAAAAUUUACUAAACAAAAUGAAUAGUGGUGUAAAAAAAAACAGCUUGGAGAAUACGCCUUGAAUUUUGUGAAUUAAACAUUUCUGUCAGCCAAAACAAGAAAAGAUAAAACAAACCUUUUAAAAAUUUCCAUCAAAACACAUACAAACUUCUCCUUUUAACCACCCUCAUGUUUUUAGAUAAUGUAUCAACUAACUGCUGAUCUUAAUGGAAAUCUACAAAUGCUAAUGCCGAACACCAAAAGUAAAUUAUUCAAAGCAACUUCAAAUUCACAAAACAAUUUUGCUCAACUUAGAAAUAGUUAAAUGAAAAAGAACAGUAAAAUUUCAAUGGCAUUUAUUUUCAUAUGAAUCAUUCACUGAUAUAAAAAUCUAAAUUUAACAUAAAGUGGUCGGCAGUACUUUAACAGUCUAUGGCGGACAAAGUGAUUAACCUCCUUCUCGAUCCCACUGAAUGAAUCAGAGCACAGCAGAACAACCAAGGUUGAAUAAGAAAUGCUGCGACUGCAACACAGCACAUAUGUAGCAAACUGUGUGUCCUCGAGUCUGCUGGAAGGUUAUCAUUACAGGUGGUUGUUAUCACAGAGUUAACAGCUUUCACCCAAGAGCCUAUGGGACAGUCAGUCUGUGAUGCAGGUCAAAAAGAUAAUGCAGCUACAAGUAAAUUCCAAAUCGACCUGCAUCUGUUAUCAUGCAUUAAGAAUUCAGGGCCAAGUGUGAAAUGCAGAGAGGUAAUUAGGGAUAACGGCAUAGAGCACCUGAGUGAGCGCACAGAUAAAACAUACUGACAAAAGCAUUAUCCCAGAGCUAAAUCCAAUGUGGCUGGCAUGAAAUAGGGUGGCGGAGGAGUCAACAAAGAGCAUUAUAAGAAUGUGGACAAGGUUAUUCACACGCUGUGAGCCAGUUUGCCAGUAAUGUUGGUUUUCAAAGAUGCAGUGAAAGGGAAUAUGAAGGAGAAAAGGCCCUUGGCCUAAAAUGCACCUCAGUAUUUGUGCUUAGCUAACGAAGCACUUGUAUAUAUAUUUAUAUAUGCAGAGUGUUUAAAUUAAAUGUAUAAAAUGCUUUAAAACCUGCUCUUUGUUUGAAACAGACUACCUAAUGAUCAUCUGUAGUCUUGAAACGGGGGGGGGCAGAUUUGUUAUUUUCCUUCCAAUGUAUAUUCGACCAGUGAAAGGUUAUUGUUCACUUUAAAAAAACAUGCAACAAACUCAAAAAUUGAUGACACUGUUUCAAGAACUUGAGAACAUCAUUCUGUUUACCAAAGCUAAUAAAUAACUGCAUGCACUGAAUGUGAAUAAAUUCAUUUUGAAGUUAGCAUAAUGA